ACUCUUGCGAGUGUCCGUUUUCAUAAAGAACUCGCGCGGAAACGCUUUCCACCCAGCCUACGCAUCAUCCUUCUAUGCAGACUAUGAAUGAUAGCAAAAUGCAGACUAACAAACGUCAGGGGUCACUCGGAUCAUUAAUCCUGAUGCGGAACUCAUCACUCUUAGGUUUUGCGUGAAAAAAACACCCACAAAAGCUUUCGGAAACUUGUUAAAGCCAAAGGGUGCGUUCCUUUGGAAUGAUCCUGAUCAUGGUAGAUCAAAUGAACCGGUGAAUCCUUGUUCAGAGUGGAUUCAUCGGUUCAUUUGAUCCACAAUGAUCCCCGUGAUCUGGGAUCACUGAUCCUAAUCCAGAUCAUCUCAAAGGAACGCACCUUAAAUACCGUAAAAUGUAGACCGCUAAUUCAAACAUAAGCGUGACACUUGAUUUUGGCGCCAGACGUUAACGUCUUUGAUAGGUCAUGUAGCUUUGUGUAUCAAACCAAAAAGGUGAACUCAAGUGGUCACAUUCUUUUCUUAUUGCUGGCUUCGAUGUUCGCGCAUCACAGUGGUCAGAGUUUAUAUAUAGCACGAGAAGGCUGAAACCGAAAGAACUUUCACGGAUUGACUUUCCGCGAACGGACAUUUCUCCUUUUUGGUUGACAGAGAACACCAUUAUUCGGCCUAUCUUUGGCCUACCAAACGCUCAGGAAUAACACCACGACAGUUCACCUUUUAUGUUUGACAAACGACCUAAGUCGUUAACGUAUGGCGGCAAAAUCAACUGUCACGCGUAUCUCUGAAUUCGCAGCCUAUACCUGUUUCUAUAGUUUCGUCAGGUGUGGCGAAAGUAAAACUACUCUGCUUGUUUUUUAUUGGGACCGUUUUUUAUUUGCCUCGCAACGUUUCGAACGCUUGCUGCUGAACUUUAUUGGGCGAUGGGGUUGAUUGGCUGUGUAGGACUACCAGAAGCACCUUGGUUGAUUAGUAUAUUACGAACCUCCCUCAUGUUAGUGGAUUUCGAUUUUGAUGAACAAUCCGCCUGCUUUUAUACAUCUGUUCAUCCGUCAAUUUUGACGCAUUUUGAAGAUGGAUAAUCCGUCUCAGACUAGUGUGAAGACGGCUAGUGUUGGAACCUACUUGGCCCUUAAAAUUCUUGGUGGGGGUGUGCCGCCCAGUUCUGCAAAUCCUGACCCUCUUUCAAGCAAAAAAAUGUCAUUUUUCACACCCGUUUUCAGACCUGGCCUCUAAACAUCUAUGCCCGUUUUCAGAUCUGGUCCCAUUACUUAGAUUAGAACGUCCCCAGUGGUAUUGAACAUACUGAUCGGCCGCUGUGCUGCCUGUUCGUAGGCAUCUUCGCUUCGGGAUUAGACUGCAAAACAGUCGGUUUUUUCCUCAAAAUCAGUAAAGAAAUCGGUAAAGCGUGGCGUAAGAGUCUAACGCCCGCGAAGCGCGCGAGCCUCACACGUCCGUCUCCCUAGUCUCGCUCUCAGUUUUCAGCCUCGUUCCAGACCUUUCGUUUGACUACUCGCGCUUACUUGAAUACUCAAAAACUGAAUACGGACUGUUUUGCAGUCCACUUCGGGAUUAUUUGUUACAUUUUUCUAUCUUGAUGUUAUUCUUUUCGAGUAGGAAACCAGCAAUGAGGUGCAGUUUUUCUUGAUGCAUGAUUACGACAACAACAGCAAGUUAGACGGACUGGAAAUACUCCAUGGGCUGUUUCAUCACCAUCACUCACACGAAGAAGGU